AUGCUCGGUGCGCGCGAGACACGGAGGUUUCAGAGGCUGCGCGAGCAUCAUCAGCGCUGUGUGGAGCGGCACGAGCUGGAGUCCCGAGAGAGGAACAGACUGGAGCAGGAGGAAAGUGUGAAGCUGCUGCAGAUCGGCACACUUCCUCAGCGGUGUUCCCUCGUGAAGUCGCCGCUGAUCGCGAACACCACUAGAUUCCGCUGGGCUGGAACUAGUGUACUCCAGGAGACUUUAGCUCCCGCACGCUUAUGCGAUAGCGCCUUAUUCGCUCCGCCCUCCUUUCUUACCCACGCUAAGAAUAGCGCGGAGACAACGUGCCCGUCUCUCACCGAGGAGACCAGGGUUCGCGUCCUCACUUCCGCGGCCAAACCCAAGAAAGCGGGUCCCAGCGUCGGCGAGCUGAUCGUCAAAGCUGUUUCCGCUUCCAAGGAGAGGAGCGGCGUGUCCCUGGCCGCCCUGAAGAAAGCUCUGUCUGCAGGUGGAUACGACGUGGAGAAGAACAAUUCCCGCGUCAAACUCGCCGUCAAAAGCCUGGUGACCAAGGGCACCCUGGUGCAGACCAAGGGCACCGGCGCCUCAGGCUCUUUCAAGCUCAACAAGAAGCAGACCGAGGCGAAGAAGCCCGCGGCCAAAAAAGCCGCCGCUCCUAAAGUGAAAAAGGCCGCAAAGAAACCCGCCGCUGCAAAGAAGCCCAAGAAGAUAACAGCCAAGAAGCCCACCGCUAAGAAGUCCCCCAAGAAGGUCAAGAAACCCGCUGCUGCCGCUAAGAAAGCCACCAAGAGCCCCAAGAAGGCUAAGAAGCCGGCGACCCCCAAGAAGGCAGCCAAGAGUCCUAAAAAAGCCAAGGCAGUCAAACCCAAGACCGCUAAGCCCAAAGCGGCCAAGGCCAAAAAAGCUGCUCCCAAGAAGUGA